UGAAAAAUCACAUGGUGCCGGGGAAUCUCUAGUCUGCGACGGGAAUGUACGCGUGGUGAUUGAAAUUUCUUGUGUCCGGACUCGAAAUUGACUGGGAAGAUGUUGGGUUCAAAGAACUUGCCCUGGCGGCGGCUGCAGGGCGUUUCCUUCGGGAUGUAUUCGGCUGAAGAGCUCAAGAAACUAAGUGUCAAGUCGAUCACAAAUCCUCGGUACCUGGACAGCCUGGGCAACCCGUCAGUGAAUGGCCUAUAUGACCUGGCUCUGGGCCCUGCGGACUCCAAGGAGGUGUGUUCCACCUGUGUGCAGGACUUCAACAACUGUUCCGGGCACCUGGGCCACAUCGAGCUCCCACUCACCGUCUACAACCCGCUGCUCUUCGACAAACUCUACCUGCUGCUCCGGGGCUCUUGCUUAAACUGUCACUUGCUGACCUGCCCCCGUGCUGUGAUUCAUCUCUUAGUGUGUCAGCUGAGAGUUCUGGAAGUUGGGGCCUUGCACGCCGUCUAUGAGCUGGAGAGAAUUCUUAGCAGGUUUCUGGAAGAAAAUCCUGACCCGACUGGCUCUGAAAUUCAGGAGGAGUUAGAGCAGCGGACAGCCGAGAUCGUGCAGGACAACCACCUGGGGCCCCAUGGCGCACACGUAAAAAAUGUUUGUGAGAGCAGGAGCAAACUCAUCGCUCACUUCUGGAAGACGCACAUGACUGCCAAGAGGUGUCCGCACUGCAAGACCGGGCGGUCAGUUGUCCGAAAGGAACACAACAGCAAACUGACAAUCACGUACCCCGCCAUAGUGCACAAGAAAGCUGGCCAGGACACAGAGCCACUGGGAAUUGAGGUGGCGCAGAUGGAGAAGAGAGGGUACUUGACUCCCAGCACCGCCCGGGAGCAUCUCACUGCCAUCUGGAAGAAUGAAGGAUUCUUUCUGAGUUACCUGUUUUCGGGACUGGCAGAUGUUGGCAUGGAGUCCAGAUUCAAUCCCAGUAUGUUCUUCCUGGAUUUCUUGGUGGUGCCACCCUCAAGAUACCGCCCUGUCAAUCGCUUGGGGGACCAGAUGUUCACUAAUGGCCAGACGGUGAACCUGCAGGCAGUCAUGAAGGACAUCGUUCUCAUCCGGAAGCUGCUGGCAGUGAUGGCCCAAGAACAGGAGCUGCCCCAGGAGGUGGCAGAACACGCCCCCGAGGAGGAGAAAGAUGCUUCUGUUGCCAUGGACCGGUCCUUUCUGAGUUUGCUGCCCGGCCAGUCCCUCCCAGACAAACUUUACAACAUUUGGAUUCGCCUUCAGAGCCACGUCAAUAUUGUGUUUGAUAGUGAGAUGGACAAAUUGAUGAUGGAAAAAUUCCCUGGUAUCAGGCAGAUCCUAGAGAAGAAGGAAGGCUUGUUCCGAAAGCACAUGAUGGGAAAGCGUGUGGACUACGCAGCCCGCUCGGUCAUCUGCCCGGACAUGUACAUCAACACCAAUGAGAUUGGAAUCCCCAUGGUGUUUGCCACCAAACUGACCUACCCGCAGCCAGUUACCCCCUGGAACGUACAGGAACUGAGGCAGGCGGUCAUCAACGGCCCUAACGUGCACCCAGGGGCCUCCAUGGUCAUCAACGAGGAUGGCAGCCGCACGGCCCUGAGCGCGGUGGACCAAACCCAGCGGGAAGCUGUCGCCAAACAGCUGCUGACACCAGCCACAGGGACACCGAAGCCCCAGGGCACCAAGAUUGUGUGCCGGCACGUGAAGAAUGGGGACAUUCUCCUGCUGAACCGCCAGCCCACCCUGCACAGACCCUCCAUCCAGGCACACCAGGCUCGCAUCCUGCCCGAAGAGAAAGUCCUGCGGCUCCAUUAUGCCAACUGCAAGGCCUACAACGCGGACUUCGAUGGCGACGAGAUGAAUGCUCACUUCCCCCAGAGCGAGCUGGGCCGGGCCGAAGCUUAUAUCCUGGCCUGCACAGACCAACAGUACCUUGUGCCCAAGGACGGUCAGCCAUUGGCAGGGUUGAUCCAGGAUCACAUGGUAUCGGGUGCGAACAUGACCAUUCGAGGAUGCUUUUUCACCCGGGAGCAGUACAUGGAGCUGGUGUACCGAGGACUCACCGACAAAGUGGGGCGUGUGAAAAUCUUCCCUCCUGCCAUCUUGAAGCCCUGUCCACUGUGGACGGGAAAGCAGGUCGUGUCCACGCUGCUCAUCAACAUCAUCCCAGAGGACCACAUCCCCCUGAACCUGUCGGGGAAGGCAAAGAUCAGCGGGAAGGCCUGGGUGAAGGACACGCCGCGGCCGGUUCCUGGCUUUAACCCCGACUCCAUGUGCGAGUCCCAGGUGAUCAUCAGGGCCGGGGAGCUGCUCUGCGGGGUGCUGGACAAGGCGCAUUACGGCAGCUCAGCCUACGGUCUGGUGCACUGCUGCUACGAGGUCUACGGGGGCCAGACCAGCGGCCGCGUCCUCACCUGCCUGGCCCGGCUCUUCACUGCCUACCUGCAGCUCUACAGGGGCUUCACCUUGGGUGUGGAAGACAUUUUGGUGAAGCCGAAGGCGGAUACUGAGAGGCGCCGGAUUGUUGAAGAGUCUGCAGGCUGCGGGCCCCGGGCCGUCAGGGCAGCCUUCAACCUGCCCGAGGCUGCGUCAUGUGAUGAGGUCCGAGGGAAGUGGCAGGAUGCCCAUCUGGGCAAAGACCAGCGGGAUUUUAACAUGAUCGAUCUGAAGUUCAAGGAGGAAGUGAACCAUUACAGCAACGAGAUUAACAAGGUAUGCAUGCCCUUCGGCCUGCACCGGCAGUUCCCAGACAACAACCUGCAGAUGAUGGUACAGUCCGGAGCCAAAGGGUCCACCGUGAAUACCAUGCAGAUCUCCUGCCUGCUGGGGCAGAUCGAGCUGGAAGGUCGCAGACCCCCACUCAUGGCAUCCGGCAAGUCGCUGCCCUGCUUCGAGCCUUACGAGUUCACCCCCAGGGCGGGUGGCUUCGUCACCGGCAGGUUCCUCACGGGCAUCAGGCCUCCGGAAUUCUUCUUCCACUGCAUGGCAGGACGAGAGGGUCUGGUGGACACUGCCGUGAAAACCAGCCGCUCGGGCUACCUCCAGAGGUGUAUCAUCAAGCACCUGGAGGGCCUGGUGGUCCAGUACGACCUAUCAGUCCGGGACAGCGACGGCAGCGUGGUGCAGUUCCUGUACGGGGAGGACGGCCUGGACAUCCCUAAGACACAGUUCCUGCAGCCCAAGCAGUUCCCCUUCCUCGCCAGCAACUAUGAGGUGAUCAUGAAAUCGAAGCACCUCCAUGAAGUUUUGUCCAGGGCGGACCCCCAGAAAGCCCUGCGCCAUUUCAGAGCUAUCAAGAAGUGGCAAAGCAAGCACUCCGGCGGCCCGCUGAGGAGAGGCGCCUUCCUGAAUUACUCCCAGAAAAUGCAGGCUGCAGUGAAGGCUGCCGGCCUCGAGGGAGCAAACCAGAAUGGUCGCAGCCCUGACACUCAGCAGAUGCUGAGUAUGUGGUAUGAGUUAGACGAGCAGAGUCGGAGGAAGUACCAGAAACGGGCAGCGCCGUGCCCAGACCCCAGCCUAGCCGUCUGGCGCCCAGACAUCUACUUUGCUUCUGUGUCGGAGACGUUUGAGAAGAAGAUGGAUGACUACAGUCGCGAGUGGGCAGCUGAGGCCGAGCAGAGUCACGGGAGGUCGGCACUUUCUCUCGACAGCCUUAGGACUCUGCUGCAACUGAAGUGGCAGCGCGCCCUCUGCGACCCAGGCGAGGCCGUGGGACUGCUGGCGGCCCAGAGCAUCGGGGAGCCCUCCACACAGAUGACCCUCAACACCUUCCACUUCGCAGGCAGAGGCGAGAUGAACGUCACCCUGGGCAUACCAAGGUUGCGGGAGAUUCUCAUGGUGGCCAGCUCCAACAUCAAGACCCCCAUGAUGAGCGUGCCAGUGUUCAACACCAAGAAAGCACUGAAGAGAGCGAAGAGCCUGAAGAAGCAGCUCACCAGGGUGUGCUUAGGAGAGGUGCUGCAGAAGAUUGAUGUCCAGGAGUCCUUCUGUGUCGGGGAGAAGCAGAGCAAGUUGCGGGUGUACCGGUUGCGGUUUGAGUUCCUGCCCCAUGCGUACUACCAGCAGGAGAAGUGCCUGCGACCUGAGGACAUCCUGCACUUCAUGGAGACCAGAUUCUUUAAAAUCCUGAUGGAAUCCAUCAGAAAGAAGAAUAGCAAAGCCUCCGCGUUCAGAAAUGUAAACACGCGAAGAGCCACCCAGCGGGACCUUGACCGGGAUGGAGAGGCGGAGCAGGACAGGGGAGAGCAGGACGGGGAGGAGGAGGAGGGCCGCAUCGUGGACGCGGAAGCCGAGGAGGGCGAUGCUGAUGCCUCGGAUGCCAAGCGCAAGGAGAAGCAGCAGGAGGAGGUGGAUUACGAGAGCGAAGAAGAGGAGGAGAAAGGAGGGGAGGAGGACGAGGAGGAACGGCCAGAGGAGGAGGCUGCGCAUCUGGAAAACACCCACAAGGCCCCAGAGCAGGAGCAGGAGGAGGAAGCGGGUGCCAGCGCCAAAGGAGACGAACCACCCGAGGGCCCCCUGAGCCAGCAGCAGAGGACGGCCCGCCGCCGAGAGCCCCAGGCCGCCGAGAAUCGUGUGCGGGCCGUGCUCGAGUGCCACCCCUUCAUCCAUGAGUACGAGUUCGACACGGAGCGGAGCCUGUGGUGCGAGGUGACAUUGAAGCUCCCUCUGAUGAAGAUCAACUUUGACAUGAGCUCCCUGGUCGUGUCCGUGGCCCACAACGCCGUCGUCUAUGCGACCAAGGGCAUCACUCGGUGUCUCCUGAACGAGACCACCAACAGCCGGCACGAGAAGGAGCUUGUCUUAAAUACGGAAGGCAUCAACCUCCCGGAGCUGUUCAAGUACGCUGAGGUGCUGGAUUUGCGUCGCCUCUACUCCAACGACAUCCAUGCCAUGGCCAACACCUACGGCAUCGAGGCUGCGCUGCGCGUCAUCGAGAAGGAGAUCCGGGACGUGUUUGCCGUGUAUGGCAUCGCGGUGGAUCCCCGCCACCUCUCCCUGGUUGCGGACUACAUGUGCUUCGAGGGCGUGUACAAGCCGCUGAAUCGUUUCGGGAUCCGCUCCAACUCCUCCCCGCUGCAGCAGAUGACGUUCGAGACUAGUUUCCAGUUUCUGAAACAGGCCACCAUGAUGGGAGCCCACGACGAGCUGCGGUCCCCCUCAGCCUGCCUCGUGGUCGGAAAGGUCGUCAAGGGAGGAACAGGCCUGUUCGAGCUCAAGCAGCCCCUGACAUAGCGACGGGCAUGCUGUCUGGAGACACCCCAGGACCACCACGCACCCACUGGGCCCGGGAGACGCUCCCAGCCUGCAGCCAGCACCUGCCUCAGCCCGCCCAGCGUCCCCUGGGGCACGGCUGCCGGACUCCGCCCACUCCAGCCGGAGCUGCCAGGCCAGGCCUACCCUUGUGCUGCUGUUGCCUCCCUGGCAAGUGCUCCAGCUCUCCACAGGGGGAGACGAGGGCCCAUGGCUGUCCUCCACAGCCACAUCGCCCCUGUGGACACUGACCUGAAUUUUCCACCCAUGCUCUGCCUGGGCCACAGCCGAGAUGGUAUGGGCCUUCCCACGUCGACCUCUGUGCCUGCUGACCUCCAGUGCUUCUCAAGUCCCCCUGGCCCUGCAGCCCACUCCCAGAGAGCCCAGUUGAAUAAGGUUCCUGCCUGUCUUCUCUGUCCCCUCCGGCCAGCGCAGGCUGGGGAUGGGGUGUGCAGAGGGGAGUCUUCUAGGCUCCCCUAACCUGACUCCAGCUACUGGGCACCCUGGCAGACCAGAAGAGACUGGGGACAUGUACAAAGACUUUGUAGAUCCACAGACUGUUUCUAUUUUUGUCUAAUGUUAUUCCAGCCCAGGCUAAGUAAUAAACAUCACUGGAACUGUUGGGAAGGG